CAUUCCACAUUACUUUUUUUUUUACUUUCAUGUCUAGGUAAAUAAAAGAACUAAAGAUUGUUGAUUGCUUCUAUCUUUCUAUGUACUAUACCUCUCACCUUACCAUUUCCACAUCUCUUCUACAUCAUCAUCGUCAUCAUUACACCACCUUUUCGCUCACUUGACAUCACUUUCCGGCAACAAGUCCGAUCUCUUUUCCUUCUCUUUAGACAGGAUUAUUAAAUUACUUCCUGGCAAGUGAAGUCUUUUUUUGCUUACUUUUCUUUCUAUGAUUGAUUCAAUUGAGGAAAUUCUAGAGCUGGAAGUCGGCUAAGGGUUUUUGGUUUUUUGUUAAGUGGGUUUUGGAGGAAUAGGUAGUUUGAUUAAAGGGUAAUCUGGUAUGUGGGUUGCGGUUAACUGGAAUCAUGGGUGUGUGGGUGUGGUUUUUUUGUACUUUUGGGGAAGAAGCGACGCUGAUUAGGUGUGGUUUUCAUUUAAAUCUUUCGUCUUUUUUGGUUUAGUUUAUCUGGGGUUUUGCUGUUUUUCUUUUUAGUUCUCAGUGUUGGUUCAGUUUGUGAAAUUUUGGAUCUUUUGGGUACUCGUUAUGGAGGCUAGAUUUGGAGGUGAAGCUCAUCAUUUCUAUGCUACGCCCCCCUCCGAUAUGCGGACAGUAGGGAAGAGAGGUUUAGAAUGGGAUUUGAAUGAUUGGAAAUGGGAUGGCGAUCUUUUUAUUGCAAGCCCUUUGAAUCCGGUACCAUCAACCGGUAUCAGUAGGCAGUUUUCCUCUCAUGGGGUCGGGACAGGAAUUCUGGCCACCGGUAAUUCGUCCAAGAGUUCAUCCUCAUGCUCCGAUGAAGUGAAUCUGGGAGCUGAGAAAGGAAAGAGGGAAUUGGAGAAAAGGAGAAGGGUUGUUGUCAUUGAUGAUGACAAUUUGAAUGAUCAAGAAACUGGCGGCCUUAGUUUGAAGCUUGGUGGUGAAAGGGAUGCAGGGAAUUGGGAGGGAAGCAUUGGAAAGAAGACUAAAUUAGUUGGGAGUGGCUUGAGCCGUGCAGUUUGUCAGGUGGAGGAUUGUGGGGUUGAUCUGAGCAAUGCCAAGGACUAUCACAGGAGGCAUAAGGUUUGCGAGAUGCAUUCCAAGGCGAGCAAAGCUCUCGUGGGAAAUGCUAUGCAGCGUUUCUGUCAGCAGUGCAGCAGGUUUCAUGUCCUUCAAGAGUUCGAUGAAGGAAAGAGAAGUUGUCGUAGACGUCUGGCUGGCCAUAAUAAAAGGAGGAGGAAGACAAAUCCUGAUGCUGUUGGCAAUGGAAGUUCGAUGAAUGAUGAUCAGACCAGUGGCUAUCUGUUGAUAAGUCUCUUGAGGAUACUCUCAAACAUGCAUUCCAAUAGGUCAGACCAGACAACUGAUCAAGAUCUGUUAUCUCAUCUUUUAAGGAGCCUUGCAAGCCAUGACGUUGAACAUAGAGGAGGAAACAUCUUUGGACAAUUGCAGGAACCUCGAGAUUUGAGCACAUCAUUUGGAAACUCAGCGGUAGAUUCAAUUUUACUCUCAAAUGGUGAAGGACCCUCAAAGCCUUUAAAACAGCACCUGACAGUACCUAUGUCUGGUAUGCCGCAACAAGUGAAGCAUUUGCAUGAUGCUAAUGGUGCAAACAUACAGACCGCAUCUUCCUUGAAACCUAGCAUUCCAAACAACUUUGCAACGUAUUCAGAAGUUCGAGAGAGUACAGCAGGACAGGUCAAGAUGAACAACUUUGAUUUGAAUGACAUUUAUAUUGACUCAGAUGAUGGCACUGAAGAUAUAGAGAGAUCACCUGCUCCUGUGAAUGCAAGGACUAGCUCCCUUGAUUGCCCUUCAUGGGUACAACAAGACUCCCGUCAGUCGAGUCCUCCUCAGACAAGUGGAAAUUCAGAUUCAGCUUCCGCACAGUCACCUUCUAGUUCCAGUGGAGAAGCUCAGAUGAAGCAUCUGUUCUGUCUUUUGACUUUCAUCAGCAAACUUUUUCCCUUUUCUACCAUUCAGAGCCGCACAGAUCGAAUAGUUUUUAAAUUAUUUGGGAAAGAACCAAAUGAUUUCCCUUUUGUCCUGCGUUCCCAGAUUCUGGACUGGCUAUCUCAUAGUCCCACUGAUAUUGAAAGCUACAUUAGGCCUGGCUGUAUCAUUCUGACCAUUUAUCUUCGUCAGGCUGAGGCUGCAUGGGCGGAUCUUUGCUGUGAUCUUGGCUCCAGUUUGAGCAGGCUUCUGGAUGUAUCGGACAACACUUUCUGGAGAACUGGAUGGGCCUACAUUAGGGUGCAACAUCAGAUAGCAUUUGCUUAUAAUGGUCAGGUUGUUGUUGAUACAUCCUUACCUCUCAGAAGCAACAACUAUAGCAAAAUUUUGAGUGUCAAGCCAAUUGCCAUAUCUGCAUCUGAGAAAGCUAAAUUUUGUAUUAAGGGCUUCAACUUGUCUCGGCCUGCCACAAGAUUACUCUGUGCGGUAGAAGGGAACUAUAUGGUUCAAGAUAAUGCUCAGGAGUUGAUUGAUGAUGUUGGUAGCUUCAAAGGUCAUGAUGAGGUCCAAUGUGUGAACUUAUCUUGCUCUAUCCCCACAUUGACUGGAAGAGGAUUCAUUGAGAUCGAAGAUCAUGGCUUUAGCAGCAGCUUCUUUCCCUUUUUAGUUGCAGAGGAAGAUGUAUGUUCAGAGAUUCGCAUGCUUGAGGGUGCAUUGGAGUUUACUGAAACAGAUGCAGAUUUUGGGGAAACUGAAAAAAUGGAAGCCAAAAAUCAAGCGAUGGACUUCGUUCAAGAAAUGGGCUGGCUUCUUCACAGAAGCCAGCUAAAGUCCAGAUUGGGCGACUUGAAUCCUAGCAUGGAUCUCUUCCCUUUAAGAAGAUUCAAUUGGCUCAUGGAGUUCUCCAUGGACCAUGAAUGGUGUGCUGUUGUGAGAAAACUCUUGAACAUACUGCACAACGGAAUUGUUUGUACUGGAGACCAGUUGUCUCUGAAUGAAGCAUUAUCAGAAAUGGGUCUUCUUCACAGAGCUGUGAGGAGGAAUUCUAGGUCUCUUGUGGAGCUCCUAUUAAGAUAUGUUCCUGAUAAAUUUGGAUCCAAAGACAAGGCACUGGGUGGUGGAAGCCAUGAGAGCAUUUUGUUUAGGCCAGAUGUCAUAGGCCCUGCUGGUUUGACACCUCUUCACAUUGCAGCUGGUAAAGAUGGUUCUGAAGAUGUACUGGAUGCAUUAACUGAAGAUCCUGGAAUGGUGGGUAUUGUAGCAUGGAAGAAUGCCCGUGACAGCACAGGCUUCUCGCCUGAAGAUUAUGCUCGCUUGCGUGGUCACUACUCAUACAUCCAUCUGGUACAAAAGAAAAGUAAGAGACAAGUUGUUGGGCAUGUGGUGCUUGACAUCCCUAGCAAUCUUUCAAACAGUAACAUUGCCAUUAACGAGAAGCAAAAUGAAGGGUUGACCAGUGGCUUUGAGAUUGGACAUACAGAAUUGAGACCCAUUCAGCGAAACUGCAAACUUUGCAGUCAGAAGGUGGUUUAUGGAACAGCCAACAGGUCUCAGCUGUACAGGCCUGCAAUGUUCUCAAUGGUGGCAAUUGCUGCGGUUUGUGUCUGUGUGGCUCUUUUAUUCAAGAGUUGUCCUGAGGUACUGUAUGUGUUCCGUCCAUUCAGGUGGGAAUUGUUAAACUACGGAACAAGCUGAGACCCGUUAACGCUCAUUGUAAUGACAUAUGAAUAGGUGUCUAUUAUUUUGUAUGCAUUUAGACUGUAAAGUUGAGAUUUCCUGUAUAACCAUCGACUUGGACGUGCACAGUUAAGAUUCAGUUAUGUUAUUGACAUAUUUAUACCA